GUGGAGGCAGCAGCACCAGAGGAAGCAGAAGAAGAACAAGAAGGAAGAAGUGCUUUAUGCCUAUCACACACAUAUCAGUGUGAGUUGAAGAUAGUUUCGGUGGGUUGUGAGGAGCGUUUAAAAUCAGCAGCCAGCUGGACUGAACAGCUCAUUGGCCAAACAAGAUACCCCUCCCUUCAUUCAUUCGUUCACUCAACACUUAAUUACUUCGCUGUUCCAGUUCGAUUAGGCAAACAACAACCGAAGAAAAUGCCCUCGUCAAAAUGCGCUCAUAUGUUGAGCGCUAAGAAAAAAUACGAACGAGUCGGCCAUCUGAUUCAAUUCGCUAAGACGGCAACGAGGAAUCAGGUAGCUGCUAUUUGGGUACGGUCUCUCAAUUUUAUCGGGGUUGCUGUGUUGAAAAGGUAA